GCAGCCGUCUGGUGAUAAUGGCUGACGAGGCAAGGGUGCACCAGAAGACGGUGGCGACGUCGCCGUUUGCCGUCGUGGUGGUGAGCCGGCCAGCCCCGUCGGACAAGUCGCGCAAGUCGCGCAAGUCGGGUGCGAUGGAAUUUCUGGCAGUGGACGAAGCUCGCGACGCGAUCGUGGUUGGUGGCUCCCUGCUGGACAUAUGGAUGCCGGACAAGUUCCCGAGGCCGCGGCACAUCGAGAGACCAUGGAGGAGGCCGGCGUGGCCAUCGAGCUCAAGGGCGUGCUGCGGGUGGAGCAGAGCCCGCGCAGGCUAAGGUUCAUCUUUGCAGCGUCGCCGAUCGAUCCAGAAGCCAAGGCCAAGUCCGUGGCUGAUGCCGAGUCGAAUGGGGGAGCAUGGCUGACGCUGGAGCAGCUUGCUGAUGGCCGCCGUCUGCGAGGCAGCGAGCUUUGCGAUUGGGGCCGCGAGCUGGUUGAUGCCGGCGCAACAGUCGACGACGUUGCUCCGCUGGCCCAUCUGGUGACAGCAGCUGGUGUGCCUGACGGCGAGCUCGUCCCGACUGGCGUGUCGCUGGAGGAUUGGAUCCUGGGCUCGCGCCCCAAGGUCGACUCUGUGUCUGUGCUGGGAUCGCCCGAGCUGAUGUCGAUCCGCGAAGACGGCUGGACUCGCCGGACCGGCUGUCCCGUCGCGUACUCGUACACUGUCCUAGUGCGGACUGGUGGCGACGAUGGCACCAUUACCCACGCGCUGAGUGCGGUGCCCUUUGAAAAGGCGGGUCUGAUCCUUUGCGCCGCUGCCGACGCCAUGACCGAGGCCGCUCACGAUGCACCGUGGCAUUGGGACGGUGUCCUCCGGAUCGAGUACCUCCUCCAUGGAGUGCAAUCAGCCUCGUUCCAUGCCGUGCUCGUUGCCACAAUGCCCGAUCUUGAUCCUGGCACCAGUCUUCCUCCCCUCACGCCGCGGUCUGCGCUCUACGCCGAGUUGACCCGCACGCUUACCCCCGUCCCAGUUGGCAGCUUUCUCACCCACGAGGGAGCGGACAUUGAUUUGCAUCUGCAGUAGCACACACUACAAAGCCCGCCUCUGCACACGA